AUGCGAGAAAUGUGCCAAGUUCAAUAUCAAACGAACAAAGCCACCCGGCAAACUCAAUCCGAUCAUGCCGCCAGAAGGAUCGAUGGAAUUGAUUGGCAUGGAUUUUUGGGGCCAACCAGACAAGAACCAGCAAAUGGCAAUAAAUACGUACUGGUCAUAACCGAUUAUCUGACAAAAUUCGUGGUUGCGAAGGCGUUACCCAACAACACGGCCCAAACAACUGCUCAAGUAUUUGUUGAAGAAUUCAUAUUUAAAUUUGGUGUGCCAAAUCGACUUAUUACCGAUCAAGGAGUCCACUUUAACAAUGAAUUACUCAAAAAUGUGGCAGCAAUGAUAGGCUUCGAUCAUAUUAAAUCAACACCGUACCAUCCACAAACAAAUGGUGAAGUGGAGCGGUUUAAUGCAACAUUCCAUCCACAACUGGCGAAGUUGUACGACGAGAAUUUGAACAAUUGGGACGAAUAUUUGCUAGCUGUUCUUUACGCAUACAAUACUGGACAACAUCCCACAACCGGGUAUUCACCAUUUCAAUUGAUGUUUGGCCGAGAACCAACAUUGCCACUAGCCCAAAAACAGCCAACGUUCACAUUGGCAAAACCAAAUGACUACUGGCCCAGAAUGAUGCGGUCAUUAAAAAUGUAUCAUCAAGCGGCACGACAAAAUAUUCAAAUCCAACAACAAGUAACAAAAGCACGAUUCGACUUGCACCGUUCCGAACCAAUUUUAAAAACGAGUUCAUCAAAAACAAGUUCAACGCUGUUAGGUUCCCGGAUGAACUAA